CAAAAUCGUAUUCUCUUUUUCAUAAUAAUUAUUUAAAUUGAAUUUUUAUAUUUAUACUAAAUAUAGUAUAAAUUUUAAAAAUCAACGUAGACAUUUUUUUUAAAGACAGAGAGAGUAUGAUAGAUAGCAUAGCACUAAAAUGUCAUUGAAAAUUUCCCUACCUAAAGACACUUAUCAAACUACUUUGAGUUGUCCUAAUCUUCAGAAAAUAACUGUUAAAACGUGGAGUUGUCCCAAUUCAUAAAUACCGACUUGAGGGCAUUAUAUAAAUCCUUUCACAUAAAGCAAUCAAAAUGUUUAUCAAGUGAAGCUAUAUAAUAUAUAUACCCUUCUUGUAAACUGCGGGGAAAAUGGCUGAGUGGAGCACAACCAUGGAUGAAAAGAACCACAUAAUGGCAGCAGAGUUUGAGGAAAUGGAAACAGGAGGAAGGCCUCUGAUUAGAGGCAAAGUGAUGCCAAAAAAUCACUACAAAAACUCCCUCUCUUCCCGACAAAUGGAUUCCCUCACUUCCCUUUGCGACACUUUCUUGCCUUGUUUGAGUAUUUCCGGCGACAAAGACGGUUCCAAGAAAACGUUCUAUCGAACUUCAGCUUCCAUGGCCGGAACUCCACAACGGCUUGGAGGAUUGCUGAGUGAAAGAUUGAAACAUCCAAAGCUAUUCAUGGCUCGACUAGCUUUGUGGGCAUUAUCAACAGGCAUUGGAACACUGAUAUUGUGUGGGAUUCCAAGUUUGUCACCCAAAUUCCCAUUUUUGCAGAAGUUCUCUCAGAUUUCGCCUCAAAAGAGAGAACAAAUAGUGACUGCAUGGUCUCGGAGCAUCCUUUUUCCUCUGAGGCUUCUUUUCACGGCUCUCAAAGUUCUCAUUCUUCUAGUUUUCUUCACUCAGGUUGAUGAAAAUGAAGAAAACCCGUCAUGGAAAGCUAUAGGCUAUUGUGGACCUGAUCCAGACUUCAAAAGAAAAACUCAGAGGAUCAAAACAUUCAAGCAAAUGCUAGAUUCUCCUAAUCAGGACGAAAACCAAGAGGAAAAAUGCCUGGAUCAGCUGUUUGGACCCCUCUACAAAGGGGUUGUUUACCUUGACAGACCAAAACAGUUCGUGUUUGAAAGGCUACAAGAGGCAGGUUUUUCCGUCAAUCCGAAUGCCUCAAGAUCGAACUCGAUUCGGAACGCAUUCGAGAUUAAAUGUGAUGCUGUUAUUGUUGGUUCUGGCUCAGGAGGUGGAGUUGUUGCUGGCAUUUUAGCAAACGCUGGUUACAAAGUACUCGUCUUAGAAAAAGGAAGCUAUUCAGCAAGAACCAAUCUCUCACUUCUUGAAGGAUCCACCAUGGAUCAGAUGUACCUCGGGAACGGUUUAUUGGCUACAACGAAGAUGGAAGUCCAGUUUCUCGCCGGAUCAACCGUUGGCGGAGGAUCCACCGUGAAUUGGUCGGCGUCAAUCAGGACGCCGCCUCAUGUACUGAAAGAAUGGAGUACAUCGUACGAGCUGGAGCUGUUUGACAGUAAAUUGUACCGGGAGGCGCUGGAUGCCGUCUGCGAAAAGAUGGGAGUUCAGUCUGAAAUCAAUGAUGAAGGAUUCAAUAAUAUGGUUUUGAGAAAAGGGUGUCAGGAAUUAGGAUACCCUGUGAACACUAUUCCCCGGAACGCGCCGGCCGAUCAUUAUUGCGGUUGGUGCUGUCUUGGUUGUAAAGAUGGUAGAAAGAAGGGCACGCCCGAAACAUGGUUGCUGGAUUUGGUUCAAUCCGGAAAUGGCGCGAUCCUUCCUGAGUGCGAAGUCGUUGAAGUGUUGCAUAAACGGAAGAACAAUAAGGGAAGAAAGAAAGCGAUCGGGGUAAAGUUUAGAUUCCGAAACCACCAGGGAGCAGAGGAACUCUGUUUUGUGAAAUCUAAGGUUACUAUUGUAGCCUGUGGUGCUUUAAGUACACCUAAUUUACUCAAACAAAGUGGUUUGAAGAACCCGAAUAUCGGGAAAAACUUGCAUAUCCAUCCUGUGGCUAUGGCUUGGGGUUAUUUUCCGGACAACAAAACGGUUCCGGAUCAAUGGCCUGAAACAGAGAAGAGGAGUUAUGAAGGCGGUAUAAUGACGGCGAUGUCAACAGUAGUGGCCAACUUUGAGAGAUCGGGGUAUGGCGCCGUGAUUCAAACGCCGGCGCUUCAUCCAGGGAUGUUUUCGGCAUUGAUUCCAUGGGUUUCAGGCCGAAACAUAAAAGAUCGCAUGUGCAAAUUCGCCAGGACGGCGCAUAUAUUCGCGCUGGCGAGAGACAUAGGUUCAGGGGAGAUUGUUUCGCCGCAUGAGAUAACCUACAAUAUGGACAGGAUAGACGAACAAAACAUCAAAGCCGGGCUGGAGAAGGUCCUGAGGAUAUUAGCCCACGCGGGAGCUGAAGAAAUCGGAACUCAUCAUGUCGGAGGAAAGAGCAUAAAUGUGAAGAAAGUUAGCUACGGGGAGUUUGACAAGUUCGUGAAAGAAGAGAGCGCGAGGCCGUUGAAAGAUCUGGAGACACCAAUUUGUUCGGCGCAUCAGAUGGGAAGUUGUCGAAUGGGGGUCGAUCCGGAGUGUUCGGCUGUGAAUCCAAUGGGUGAGACAUGGGAAAUUGAGGGGUUAUAUGUUGCAGAUACAAGUGUUUUCCCAACAGCAUUGGGUGUGAAUCCAAUGGUUACUGUCCAGGCCAUUGCUUACUGCACUGCACAGUCUGUGCUCGAGACUUUAAAGAGGAGAAGAGAGAAAUGGCAAAGAAAUUCUUCCAUCUUUUCAGGGUGGGAAUCUGAAGUAUGAUAAACAGGAAUUCAUGUUCAUGGUUGCUAUUUAUGUACUUGGAAAACCAAGAGAAGUUUGGAUUUUGCUUUUCUGUUUUGGGUUCAUCGUAUUAAAUGGUAAAUGAAUAAUAGUUUGUUCAUGUUUCAUAUACAUAUCCCACAGCUAUUGAGGAUGAAUAAGAAUGUUCACUUUUCAGCUGGGAGAAGGCAAGUACUUCUUUACCAUGUGAUAUGUAAGUCACCAAUCUUCGAGUUAAUUUAUUAAAUUUUAGAAAAAUUAAAUUUACUUUCUUUUAUAUACUAGUGUUAAAUCCCCACGUUGCUGAUAUUAUGUAUAUAUUAAGUUAAUAAUUCAAAAAUAAUAUUACUCCAUAAGAGAACUGAAUAGUUAAAAGAAAAAUAAUAUUACAAAAAAUUGAGUGUAGCCUUUGAUUUGUUUCACUUUGUAUCCCAGUUGGC